GGGAGAUAGCAAAACAUCUCUCGCUCGUCCUCAACUGCAAUAUGGCAGCAUGGUUGUUGGCGAUGCAAUUAAGGCUGCUGUUAAGGAUUAUGAAGCGAAGAAGGCAAAACUCAGUGACCAGUCAGAGAAUGCAACUGCUGAUGCUCGAUUUACUAGUUGAAGAAAUACAAGGCUUUCGCGCAAUGAACUCGAGCAUAAGAAUGAAAAUUAGGGAUAUAUGUGUAUAUAGUGUCUUUUGGAUCCUCUAGCAGGGGCAUAUUAAUAGUUGUUUGCUGGGUUGGUUUUGCUCUCUACCUUCUCACGGUGGGAUGGAAACAAGAGAGGUCAACUGGAGUAGAAGCCAAAAGACGGUGCCGAGAAUCUGUGAUUGAUCCGAAGAACCACUCCGAGAUACGAUUCUACUCCCUGAAUUCUCCUUCUCUUCAAGACUGCCAGCCUAUUCAGACGCUGCCCAUGGAGAGCCUUUUCCUUUGAGAACAUGCCCAUAAGACACAAUGUAUAUGUAUAAAGGUUAAAUAUAUGUAUAACAAAAGUCAUAAUUCGGAAUAUCUUGUAAUUUAACAAAAUUAUGAUAAAAAGUAUUACAGUCUAUUAAAAAUCUGAGAUUUAUGUAAGUUACCCAA